AUGUCCCGCUCCUCCGCUGCCACCUCCUCCAACUCUAUGGGCACCUUUGCCCGGCUCUCUCUCCCGUCGUUGAGGCGGUUAUGGAGGCGAGGGGAAUUCCCGACAGCGAUGUCGAAGGAGCCCACGCCGGCGCUUCAUGGCCUUGUGCCGGUCGACUACCGCCGUCAACUCGCCGACCCCCUUCGCGAUAUUGCCACUCUUGCCGAGAAGCUCGAGAAGGCCCGCUCCAGCACAUCGCGGCUGCACGGCUCGUGUCGGACGGUUGGCGACGUCGGAGGCACUCCCCACUGGCUUAGGGUCAACGUGCGGGACUUGCAGGCGUACAAAGACUUCCUCGCGGCUACGCCCGAGGAGUCUGCGUCGCGCCUUGCCCGAUUGGAAACGCUUCGUGCGGAGUACGAGAAGGCGCUGGUUGGUGAAGGCGUACGCCUCCUCAAAGACGAGACCCCCGUCCUUGCAAGAUGGAAGGUCCUGGCCGCCGACUGUCAAGUCCCGGUCAUCGAAUUCGUCAAGAACCGCACCACGGACGGUGACGUCGUCAUGGAAGACGGCGAGUUACUGACAUCAAGGUUCCGACUGGAAGACAGACCCGUCUCGAACAUCGAAUUCGAGGCCCUCGCGACUCGUCGUCGAAAGGCGGAGAAGAAGAAGGCCGUCGUCGCGGAAGCGAACAUCAAACCUCCGACCUCUCACGUCGGAGCUUCGAUCCAGUCUUUGAUCGACAAGGCUGUCAACGCUCGCAUGAAGGCGUACUCCCAGUACAAGCCGGGGCAGUCGUCAAAGGGAGGCGUCGCCGUCCGGUCCAGGACCUUCAGGCUCAGAAGAAGCCGAAGUCCACACCCACGCCCUCGCGAAAGCUCGCACACUCAAGAGCGUCGGGAAGGACGCAACAAGAAGGCCGCCGCUGCCAAGGCCGCCGCCAAGACCGCUCCCGCCAAGCAGAAGGCAAGCGGCAACAAAGACCAGAAGGGGAAGGGCAAGGCACGCAAGUGA